UUCCUACUCGUCUAAAGCAUUUUUCUAUGGGACGCUUGAUAAAGAUUACAAACUUUAAAAGUGUACAUACGAGAUACGUGAGUUCGAAUUCGCGACCUGUUAUUUACGAAUUCGUCGUUCUCACACAGAGCCACACGACAUCUCGAUUACAAGUAUUGUUUACGCUAUACUUCAUGGCGUUGUCAUAAUUCGAUUUAUUCGAUUAAGAUUAGACUGAAAAGACGAAUCGGCCGCACGAGUGAGUGUGAGAGUGAUCGUGCAUGCUGCGCAGCUUUGAUCUCCGCGUUCACUACGUUCGUCGUCCUCAUCGUUCGAACUACUUUUUUUUUUGGAGUUAUCAAAUGGAAGGACUCGCAAGUGUCUUUAAGUUCGCCUUAGGGUUAUGUAGAGAUCGAACCACGUGAAAGUCGCCUAGGUUAGCGUAAAGUAACAUUUUAAGGCGCAUGUGCGCGCUUGCGCGACGAAUUUUUGUUUUAUUAAGCGAUUUUUGGCGUAAAUCAGGUAAUACAGCGACCAAAGUGUGUGUAUCGGGAUCAACAACACUCCACUGCACCACUUCUAUCGAUAACUCGGUACGUGGAGCGAUCGCCAAAAGUCGCGUUUGUUGUCAUUUGGAGUUCGUUGGUAACGCGGUGUGUGGCGUUCGCUACCCUCGCGAAAGUGGUGGACUCUUCGUGCCGAGAGAAAGAGAGUUUUUCAUCGAUCUCAUUCGGCAGGCCAAUACGUCUUUUCUUUUUAUGAUAAGUGAAAACAUGUCGCGUCGACGCACGAAGCAGAAUGACGAGUGAUGCUGCCCAGACUUUUUAGUUUUUCAGAGGAAGAGGGUGGCGACACGGCCGACUCUUUGGAUAUCAAACCACCGCAGGCAAUCGUUCGUCAUCAUAAAUCCAGUUCGUCCCAUCGAAGUGAGAAACACAGCGACAGAAGAAAUCGUAGGGAUGAGAAAGAACGCAAGUCGCGCCAGCACGAAGACAGACGCGAAGACAGACACAGGAAUAAACAUAGGCAUCGUAGGCAUGUGGGGGAGCCUUUGGAAAGACCCGAACGUUUGGAGAGCUCUAAAAGGAACCGCGAGAGAAUGGAGCGUUUAGACAGGAUGGAAAGUCAUCCCAGAGACAGAGAAUCCUCCAGACACGAUCGCAAAGAAAGGAAUACAGGAGAUCGUGUUCUAGAAGACUUAAGGGAAAGGUACUUACUAUUGGACAAAAGAAGAGAAAGACGGGAAGAUCCACGUGAUUCUCGUUAUAAAAUCGAGUCGUCUCGACAUGAAGUGCGAUUAGACGAUCUACGAGAAAUACGCGAAUCACGCGAUCGGCGAGAAAUACGAAUGGAAGACCUUCGGGAUCGGCGAGAAAUGCGUAUCGCGGAUGACAAUAGAGAACGUCGCGAGAUUCGUAUAGAAACGCACGAACAGAGGCACAUACGAUUGAUCAUGGACGAGCAGUUCUCGGAGAGCGAACUGAUGGAACGAUCUGAAAAACGUCGCAAGAGAUCUCACAAGCACGACAGAGUUCGUGAGAGAGACCAAGAAAAGAUGGAACGCGAAAAGGAGCACAGGGAGAAACAGCUGCGAAACGCGAUGGAGAUCGUAGCCGACGAAAUUAAUGAGAUGGAUGUGCAAAAUGAGAUUUCGAUACAAAUUAAAGAUCCGAAAGAGAUGACGGAACAGGAGCUCAGAAAAGAAAGACUGUUGGAAGCCGAUAGAGAAAUGGCCAGGCGAAAGGAGGUGUCUAGAAUGGAAUUGGAAGCGAGAAGAAUGAAAAGAGGUGAGAAACGGCCUAUGAGUCCAAACAACAAUCCAGAUCCUUCGAUUGUGGAGCUGUCGGAUGAAAGCAUCAGUCCUCAUUCCGAAGGCGCACGAUCGAAAUCAGCCGAAUCUAGACACUCAUCCGAAGUAGAGAGAAGUCCACAUGAGAGGUCUUCUGAGCGACAUUCAUCUGAUUCUUCGGAAUCUAGCAGUGCCGACGAUGACGAAUCUAACGAAUCGAAUAAAGGUUCCGCUGGUGAUUCCAAUGACGGUUCAGAAUACAACAAUCCAAGUCCAUUGUCCGUCGAUCGAUUAGCCAAAUCCGAUCAUUCGGAUGGUGACUCUCCUGGACAUGUUGAUUCCAACAAUGCUUCGAAAAACAUAGAAGAGGAAAAGAAAGCAGAGGAACCGGAGUUACCGCCAUAUCUGCCGGCUAUUCAAGGUUGUAGAAGUGUCGAAGAGUUUCAGUGUUUAAAUCGAAUUGAAGAAGGUACUUAUGGAGUCGUAUACAGAGCACGAGACAAACGCACGGAUGAGAUAGUUGCAUUGAAACGAUUGAAAAUGGAAAAGGAGAAAGAAGGCUUUCCAAUUACAAGUCUAAGGGAGAUCAAUACUUUAUUGAAAGCGCAGCAUCCAAAUAUUGUUACCGUACGAGAGAUAGUCGUCGGUAGUAACAUGGAUAAGAUAUUUAUUGUCAUGGAUUAUGUGGAGCACGAUUUGAAAUCUCUAAUAGAAACUAUGAAGCAGAAGAAACAAGUUUUUAUACCUGGAGAAGUUAAAUGUCUUAUGCAACAAUUGUUGCGCGCAGUCGCGCAUCUACAUGACAAUUGGAUAUUACAUCGCGACUUAAAGACAUCCAAUUUGCUAUUAAGUCAUAGAGGCAUUUUGAAAGUCGGUGACUUUGGCUUAGCUCGAGAAUAUGGCUCUCCCUUAAGGCAAUACACGCCGAUCGUCGUAACGCUUUGGUAUAGAGCCCCUGAAUUAUUGCUGUGCGACAAGGAAUAUGCUGGACUAUAUAGUACACCCAUAGAUAUGUGGUCCGUAGGGUGUAUUUUUGCUGAGCUUCUAAGAAUGGAACCACUAUUUCCGGGAAAAUCGGAUAUAGAUCAGCUAAAUAAGAUAUUUAAGGAGCUGGGUACACCGAGCGAUAGGAUUUGGCCGGGAUACUCUAAGUUACCCAUAGUACAAAAGAUUCCGUUCGCGCAUUAUCCUGUAAAUAAUCUCAGGCAAAGAUUUAGUUUAUCUUUGUCUGAUUUAGGUAUCGAAUUGCUAAACAAAUUUUUAACGUACGAUCCUCGUCAACGUGUGACUGCCGAAAAGGCCUUAGAUCACGACUACUUCAUUGAAGCGCCGAAGCCAAUCGAUCCGCAAAUGUUUCCUACGUGGCCUGCCAAGUCGGAGCAAGGAAGUAGAACCACGAACGCGUCACCGAAGCCACCGAGCGGUGGCAGAGAGUAUAAACAAUUGGGUGACGGUGACGACGCCGAUUUCAGCAACUCCGGCUUUCACAUGGGCUUGACGGAGGGUGGAAGAGCGCCGCCGGUUGGCGGUGGCUUUCACUUGAAAUUUUAGUUGCAAAAGACAAUUAUAUAUUACAAAUUAUAACAAUAAAUUUUUUCUAAAUAGAAUUGUAUAAUACAUAUAUACAUACUAUACAUGUUAUUUAUCUUUGUGUAAAAAAAUAUAUAAUCCGUAUAAUGUAUAUAUUUUACUUCUAUAUUGUAGAAGAAAAGAAAACUUGACGAGAGUAUUCAUAUACAUACUUAAGAUACUUAUAGCGUUUCAUUUUUAUAAAAUAAAGAUGCUUAUGAUUGUUGUGUGCAUCUUAUCGCGUAUGACUUUAUACGAAAUAUAUACCUAUAUAUUUACGUA